AUGCCUGGCAGUCACGUGUCCCGGCGGCAGACCUUGCCCGGUGCUCUGGUGCUGCUCAUUGCCGGGCUGCUGCUCCUCGGCGAUGGCACUGCCGUGCAGGGCUUCCACCGCCAUAGCAUCAUGAUGAAGACCUUUCGCUAUCUGCAAGAGACAAUGCUGAGGAACAGCCUGGAGCGGGCCCAUCUCAAUCACGGCAUUGUCUUUGAGUGCCGCACCAUCUCGGACAGGGACUUUGGCAACGAGGUGCACUUCCUGCUGCAGCUGGGAGAUCUGCGGGGAUUCCGACAGCUGGAUGCCAACAAGAAGUUGGCCCUCUUCCUGCAUGGCUGGAACGACAAGGGCAGCAAGGACUGGGUGCAGGAGCUGUUGCUGACAUGGACUCUUUUCGAUGCCAGCUACAACGUGUGCGUCGUGGACUGGGGCAACUUGUCGCAGAACGACUACAAGAGCGCUUCCAUGUCCAUCUUCGAUGUGGGCCUCACGGUGGCCGGAAUCAUCAUGGCCCUGGAGGAGCUGCGUCCCAGCCAGUUCCAUCGCCGCAACGUCACCCUGGCCGGCUACAGUCUGGGGGCCCAUGCCGCCGGCUAUGCCGGAGCGGUGCUCGGGGGCCAGGUGGAGCAGAUCAUCGGCCUGGAUCCGGCCGGGCCGCUCUUCUCGCUGCCCGCCGAGGUAUCGCCCAAGUACCGCCUGGACCCCAGCGAUGCCCAGUUCGUUCAGGUGCUGCACACCUCCGGCGGCUCGCUGGGCACGAGCCUCAAGUGCGGCCACGCCGACUUCUAUCCGAACGGCGGACGGGCACCUCAGACCAACUGCAAGAUGUUCGCCAAUCUGCGCGACAUGCAGAACACAAAUCCCAUUGCCUGCAGCCAUUCGGCGGCCGCCAUCUUCUUCCGGCAGUCGAUGGACCCGCAGUACCCGUUCGUGGGCUACGAGUGCGGCAGCUAUCGGGAGUUCGCCGCCGGAUAUUGCGACCAGAACCGUCGUGCCCGCUUCGGCAUCCACUCGCAGCGGAGGGCGCAGGGCAGCUUCUACUUCAAGACCUCCUCCCAGCAGCCCUAUGUGCAGCGGCGCCAGAACGGUUGGCUGAGCGGCGUGGGUCGCCAGAUAGACUCCGCCUCUGGCGCCGCCAGCCAGCCGGGCAAGGCCGGUGGCCGCCUGAUGCUGCGCCUCUGGACGAGCGGUUGGCGGCGGGGCGCCGCCAGUCGCGACCGGGAGCGGAGUCGGGCGCGGAGUCGAGAGCGCAGCCGACAGCGAGAUCUGUGCCGGUGGCCGUAGUUCCUAGCGUUUAAUUUAUGUUUUUUUUUGUUAGUGUUAUGUUUUGCAGUCAAAUAUAUUUCCAGCCGAAAAGUA